AUGGCUCUCGUUCGGAGAACUCUUGUCAUUUUAAUGUGGUUCUCUUGCAUCUGCAUCAACGUGACAGCCGACUCCGAUACGACGAUUGUAUACAAAAUAUGUAACGGGAUUAAGGUCGGAUUCGGAAGCAUCUACGAUGCGGAAGUGAAUGACGUCCUUCAAGAUCUGGUGUCCAAGACGGCAGAUAACGGUUUUAAUUUUUACAGGCAAUCGACCGACUUGGGUCAAAGUUGCUACGGCCACGCGGCUUGCAAUGGAGCUAUUUCGCAUUACGACUGCUUCACAUGCUUACAGGCGGCUAGAUACGAUUUAACAGAUGGUUGUCCGCAGAACACCGGCGCUCAAGUGCAGCUUAAGGAUUGCAGGAUGAGGUACGAGAAUUACCCUUUCACUGAAUCAGUGAAAGGGCAUCGAUUGCAGCAUCAAGAGUGUUGCUAG